GGUUUUCUUUUAUUUAUCUAAAAUUAAAUUAUCCAAUUAUAUCGAGUUUCCUGUCCUCUAUUCACUAUUCAAUCAGCUCGUUUAGUAAUCUAGUCCAGUCACCUGGAUAAUUUUGAUAUGUGACGAAAAUCCGCCCACUACUGGACAUAUACCUUAAGUAAUGAAUCAGUAAUUUUCCCAUCAUCAUUCAUCCCGACGUAGGAAAUGAUGUCGUGGAGGAAACAGUUCGUCUUUUUGGUACUCCUCCCCCUCAUUCUUAUCAGUCAGGCGGGUGUAGCGACAAAAGAUGACCUCCCUCUCAAACUUGACCAAAUCCGGUCUGCUGUUCGAGCCCGUCUCCAACUUUAUCGGGACGACAUUGCUACCGCGAUUCUUGGUCAUGCUCCUCAAAGACGGUCGAAACGAGCCACCAUCACGGCGGAUAAUCCACUCUCAUCACUUCCAAGAACACGGAGAAAAAUAAAUAUUUUAAAACCAGAUGAAGGUGCCUGGCUCGCAAAUUCGUGGCGACAAAAUCCACAAUUUUUCGACUCCAUCGCCACCCUGGACAUUUAUCCGUUUAAGCUGCACAAUCAAACGUUCCUCGCUUCCUUAACGUUGGACGAAGUUUCAAAAGACCCGGUUUUGCUUCUUCACCGAUUGAAGGGACUCGAGGAAAGUCCAGUCGAACUGGCUCGAGCCACCAUCCCUGGAGCCAAUUCUCUCCAAGUUGUCGAAAUUGACGGGAGUGCUUACAUCUUGCCACUCGUUCCCAGUUCAACCCUCUCGUCUGGUUCACCCCUCCUUCGUCUCGACCUUCUUCGACGUGAACUCGUCCAAGUUCAAAUAAUUCCGACACCGGGAGCAGUUACCUCAAUAUUUUGGCGAGGUUCUGGUGAUGAAGGCGCAAACGGAGUGUGGCUCGGGGUCGCACCGGCUCAAGGAGUCAGUCGCGUCGACUUGUAUCGGUGGCAGGGUGGAUAUUUCGAUGCUGUAGCGACAGUCCAGGCCUCUAAUCCCGAAGCCAUUACACAUUUUACGCUGCUAAACAACCAUUUCCUUGGCGUGGCGAAUUAUAUGGAUCAAACGGGUUCCACGACUAUUCACUCUGAACUCUUCAAAUACGUUCAUCGAGAUGGGAGUUGGACCAGUUUUCAACGGAUCCGAACUUUUGGGGCGAAGGAUAUAAAACAUUUCCAGUUCAAAGCGGACGAUGGACGGAUGGAACACUUUCUCGCUGUGGCGAAUCACUGUGUUCGUGACGAAGCCGGAGUUGCCGAUUACCAUGUUAAGUCGCUCAUCAUGAAGUGGGGUCAACAUCGGUUUAUCCCGUUCAAGAGUUUUUGGACGAGAGGAGCCCUCCAGUUCUUACCAUUUAUGUGGGAGGACAAGUUCGUGCUCGUCCUACUCGAAAUGGAUCGCCUUCGUCUCUUCCAAUACAACGGGUGGUCCUUUGUCCAAGUGAAGCACAUCGACCUGGCUCCCACUGCCGGUUUGCGUCAUCUCCACGCGUUUCCUUCUCAGCCCGCAUUUUCCCUCUCCUCUCCCCUCACAUCGUCACUCCAGGGAGGAUUCUGGGCGCUGUCCUUCACUCAUAAGAACGACCACUCAGCGUUGGGAGAGGGAUUGGAAAAGUGGUGCGUCGGUGCGAGGAAACGACUCCUCGAGGUGGACAUGGCCAACCUGGCUCGACUAGUUCAUUCCGCCCCUAAAGUACACGAUGCCGAUGUCCGCCUGAAUAAUGGCAGCCUCACGUUUAAGGGACGGCUCAAUGCAAAAUCUGUCACCACAACUACCGUCACAGUACGAGGAGUUCUUCUCGAUGACGUACUAGCCACCAAACUUGCAUCUUUAGAGGGUGACCUUGACCGCCAGGCUGUUCCCCAACUUGCUGACCGUGUCUCUAAUGCUGUACAUCGCCAUCAUUCCGCGACGAUUGGAGGGAGCGUAACUUUCUCCAACGUGGAGUACACCAGUCCCAGCUUAUCAACGGACCGGGCCUCUCUAGGAAUAUGGAAUGGUGUCGAUGUGGCGAAAGUCGUUGGGGGAUUGCUGCUCACGCAUGUCCCCACCAGCCUAAACUCUUUGACCGGACCAGAACUGCAAUUUAUAGGAGAACGAGAGUAUGAAAACGCUUUGGAUGUCACUUCUCUGAACGGAGCCCCACUAACGGAUUACGCCCUCAAAAAAACUGAUCCCAACACUAAUGCAGCCACAUUUGUUCGCCGAGUCACAUUCCGUGGUGAACUCGAACUGGGUGGCGUUUCCAUUGUCGACACUGGCCUCUUUGCCGGUGUAGAUUUCGCACGUGCAAAUUUUAUCCUGGCGACGGGAAAUCAAACUUUCAACAGUGUGGUAAAAGUAGUGGGAGAAAGUUCAACGACACAUCUCUACACAAAAUAUCUCAACGGGAAAAAUAUUUCUUACUAUUUUGACGACGCGGUCAGUCUGGAGGGAAAUGAUGUCAUCACCGCGAAUCAUGUGUGGAACAAUGUAUCGGUGGACAGGGUCCAACUGAAUACGGUGAACGGGGUGGACAUGCAACGUCUUAUGUCGGACGCGAUCCGUACUCGGGGGAAAGAGUCGCAAAGAAUGAAGGGGUUGACUCGCUUUCGUCACUUGGACACCCCACUCGUGACUCUGGAACAAGAACUUGUAAACGGAAGACACAACCUGAAGAAAGAUUUCGUCUCUGUGGUGGAAGGAAACUACACGUUUGGUGAGAUCGUGCUGAGCAAGGGUGGAUCUGUGGAACAGAUGCGAAUAAUAAGUAAACUAGGUAACCUCGAUCCCGGAGAGAACUCUGACUUUGGCCUGCUCCUCAAGAAUUCCGACUCUGUACAGAAAGUCAGAUCGAAAAAUCUUGGCGGUAUCCACUUUGGUCACGACGUAACGGCCGAGAACCUAUUCGCUGGGGUCGACAUCGCCAAAUGGAGUCCCAACCUGCGGAUCAAGCUGAGAACAAAUACACUCAGUCGUAAAGUGAACAUUCAUGGCACCCUGACCACACCCACCACAAAAGUGACAAAGUCUUUAGCCCACAACACUUCCGGUUUGUCAUCUCCUCAUAAAGAACUCCUUCCCCUGCUGUCUUACGCGGCGGAGAAGAAUGGUACGAAACUCCCCGGAAGCUGCCUCCUCACAUUCGACUCUCUCAAGGUGGACGGAGACACGGGCCAAGUGAGAGAGGUGAAUGGGCUCAAACCCGGAGACUGGUUGCUGCGAAACGCUACGAAAGUUACGCUCACGGGGACAAAGGUCUUUCUCGGUGAUGUCAUUCUGGAUGGAGAUGUGAGUGUGAAAAGCCUCCAUGGGAAAAUUGGUGGGGAGGAUAUUCUCUCAAUUUUGCCAGAUCUCAUGUUGCACGGGGCUAACCAAACAGUUCAUGGGCCAACCAUAUUUACGGAAAUGUUGCUGGCUGGCCGAGUCGACUGCCCCUCCACGUCCUUGGCUGGGGUCCCUUUCGCCACCCUCCUAACCCGAAAAGGUGAUCAACUCAUCACCACUCCCACCUCGUUCGAUUCCUUGGUCGGAGUCCGAGAAAGUUUGAACGUGUCGACCGACCUCGUCUUCCACUCCUUGGAUGGACGUGACUUUGGUGGCGAUGUGGCUGACACGCUUCGCACUUUUUCUCCCUCUCCAGCUGGACAAGUAGUUCAGGGUGAAUUCGCCUUCGACGCCGGGCUCACCGUGACACAGUUACUACUACAGCAGCACAAAACAAAAGAAGUUCUGGUGAAUGAGGUCGAUCUGCACGAACUUCUCACGUCUUUGGUCCGUCGGGAUAGGAAAACCCCACUCGAGUUCCACGCUUCUUCGACUUCUACUCCAUCGCAACUCCAGUUUCUCUCCGGCCUCACCGUGUCAGCUCUCUCUUUGACGAAUAAUUCCACCCUGGACCAAAUGCCUGCCUCCGACUGGGGCAAGAGCUGGCUCUUGUCAUCCUCCAAUCAAACUAUAGUUACAAUGGUCCACGCUAUGGACGGGAUUUUGGUGGAUGGUGCCGAGAACGAUGGUGGUGGCGUGUGGACGACAAAUGGGAAAGUUGGUGACGUUGAUGUCGUCUCGCUGGCUAGGAAUACGCUCCGCCGGGAUGAGGGGGGUCAUCUGAGAAGGGCACAUCUGAGUGGGGGUGGUUCCAUCGAGUCAGUCGUGAUGGGGAGAGAGGGGACCUUAAACGGGGCAAGGGUAGAUACUGAUCUAGUCGUGAGGAGUAAGCCAAACCGGAUCACGGGCAGCAAGACGUUUUCUGCGUCUAAUCCGUUCCACAUUUCGGGGAAUCUUGAUACCCGUCUCCUCUCCGGGGCCGAUGUCUCCUCCGCUCUUCGCUUUCUCUACGACCCUUCCAGUGCCUCGUUUGCCCCUCACAAAUUGAAGAUUGUGGGAAAUCUUGCCCUCAACAGGGAGCCAGAGGCGAGACGUUCGGUUAAUGGGCAGGAUUGGUCGACACUCUUGAAAAGUGUGUGGUUCAAGAAUGUACCGGCUAAGCUAAGGCAUAAAGUGAGCUUUGGUCGGGUCGUGUUUUCCGGUGGGGCAAGACUGCAGAAUGGAAGCACUACACUUUCAGGCAUACGAUUGGACCAUUUGCAAGACAGAGUGGCAAGCAAGACUAGGAGUCAGGUUUGGACGGGAAAAGUCGUCCUUGCAGGCCCCGUGACAAUGAACCACCUCGAGGUGGACGAAGUGACCGGAUCCUACCCAAAGUUGAACGGUGUGUCGGAUUUGUCUCACUUUUUAUCUUCCCUACUCACCAACGGGACGAAUCAGACGGUUCACGCGAACUGGAAGUUGGACACUUUCUCCGUCAACAAUCUCGUUCACAAGGGAGGGCUGAACGGGGCCAAUCUGGAUCACGACUUUGUCACUCUGCACGGACAGAAUGUUAUGAUUAACAGUGGCAGUGGUGGGGAUGUAACACUGAAUAGCUUGACAGCACACGAGAUCGUGCUUCCACAUAAAACGGGGAUCAACGGGGUCAACUUGACCGCAUGGAGGGACCAAGCGUUAAAAGCUGAUACCAACAUUGCGUUCGAUCGGCCUUUGAUAUUGGACUCGAUCACGAAAGGAAAGCAUCUCAGGACAAAGUCCGGCCUCGUCGAUGGCGUCCCCGUGGCCAAUUUGCUCCUCAAAUCGACUCCGCAAACAAUUCAUGGUCGUUUUACCCUCACGAACGGUGAUCUUUUCGCCCCACGUGGUAUCCAUCUCAAGUCUGGACCUUUAAACGAGCACGAACUCAAAGACACACUGGACACUCUCCUCCUCAAAAACGGAACCGGUCCUGCCGUCGUGCUCGGACCAGUAAGGUUUACGUCGCCAGUGUCCGCCGUCCACUUGACGGUCGGAGAGGGAGUCAGCUUCCAGGGCCAGAACUUGUCUGACCUCUUAGCACACUACUACUCAGGCUCUGUCAUUCCUCCUGCCCUCCAUUUCAAGUCGAGAGCCAGCUACGACAGUUUGAACACCUUGACGGACAAUGCUAUUGUAUUUGCGGGACGAAGAGCGGCCUGGGUCGAAUAUUGGAAACUUACCCAGAUCGUGGAGGGAGCACAGUUCACCUACGUCAAGGUGCUGCUGACCACUACCGCGCCGACCUUGUUGCUCGGUUCGGGUGGUCAGAUUGGGAGUCAGACCGAGUGGGAGUUUGCAGUGAAGGAGGACCUCUACAGGAAAGUUGGGAUGGGUAGUGAUGUCUCGAUAAGAGUGAAAGGUGGCAAUGUUUCUCGUGUCGUUGAGUUGGAUGGGGGAAUGUUGGCCAUGGCGAUCUCGGCGCAGAGACAGAUUUCACUUUCCCACGUUACGAGGGCUGUCAACUAUACGGAUGUGUUUAAAGGAAGUGGUCACAGUCAAGUCCUGAUUCUUCACCGUUCCGAAGUAACGGCCACCUGGGUUUUGCAGAGCACGAUAUACGGGAAAGACUUUGGUCUACUGGAAACAAUCGGUGAAUGUCUAUUCGUAUCGCCAACGACUUCCGGUGGGGAGAUAAUGUGUGGCUCCCCACUUGCGCAAUUUCAGACACUUCCACUCUCAUAUCCAACACUGGUGACCUCUGUCGACCUUGGCUAUAAACCUGUCAGUUCCCUGCUCAUGAUCCUGACGUGGACAACCAAACGGGAAGACGGUCUUAUCGAAGUGUGGCGUCAACCCCAACCCAACUCCUACUUUGUGAAAGAGAGUUGCAUUCCCGUUUUCAACGCGGUGAGCAUUGACAGUGGCCGUGGUCCUAAUCAUCACACUUUCCUCGCCGUGGCUUCGGCCCCUUCACCCACGAAGAACUAUCAGGGAGCCGUGUUUCUCUACAGGUACGACGAAACAACCGGGGAAUUUGAGAAAACCCAAACUCUCCUAAAUGUCGGAUGGGUGCUGGAAGUACGCUUCCUCCUGGUCGGUGGUGCCUCGAAAGAACUGUUUCUCUUUGCCCUCACCCGAGCCACGUAUCUGAACGUCAUCGUGUUCAAGUUUCACGGCGUAUCUGGCUGGAGUCGAGAACACGACUGGACCUCCCCCGGCGCCGUGGGGCUGGAAACGGUGUCAUUUUCCUCCACCGGACUCCACAGGGCACAGGUCAUCCUUUGGGGAAGAAAUGAGACCCGCAUCUACUCCGCCCUGUUUAAAGGCCUUCCUCACGACGAGGAGGAGUAUGACGACGACGGAGAAAGCUAUCAAGAACUAUGAGCCAGCUAAAAUCUACUUGUUUUUGUUAAUCCGACUGGGAUAGCCCACUCGUCUCUUGUUUUUGUUUUUGUUUCUGAGAAUGAUGAAACUUUGUUUGUUGGUCGAUAUAAUAAAUGAGAUGAAAUCUGAACACAUGA